AUGCCCAAGUCAUCGUUCCUCUACACGCCUCUGAUGGAGUCGACCGAGAUUCGUCUUGUCGAGGUGCUUCCCGCGCGGGAUCCUGCCGACCCCAUUUCCGCGAGGCUGUUCAUCCAGUCGCUUGCCAACCCAGACAUGAUUGCGCCGUACACGGCGCUUUCUACAUGGGGCGAUCCGGACGAUACGGUACCCAUCGUCGUCGACAACCAGACGCUGCCUGUCACCCGCAACUUAGAGGCCGCCCUCCGCCGCUACCGCGACGAGCUUCCCAAGCCGAAGAACGACCCUCAUCCCACCGGCGAAGGCAUCCGCGGCCCCACGAACCUCGUAUGGGUGGAUGCCAUCUGCAUCAACCAGGCCAAUACCAUGGAGAAAAGCGCGCAGGUCGCGCAAAUGUCCAACAUCUACACAAGCGCCGCCAGCGUGUUCGCCUGGCUGGGCCCGGCAACCGAUGAGAGCCACCUAGCGUUUGAAAAGAUUGGCGCCGUCAUGGAUAGAUACCGGCGCAUGACGGGGGCAGAUCCGCCGGACAAGGUGCCCGGGUGGGCAGCUAGGCUCAUGGUCGACGAGCUUAUGCUGUGUGAAGGCGAGGAGGAGGACGAAGCGAUCUGGAAGUCUGUCCAGGACUUGUUUGAUCGCGAGUGGUGGUCCCGCCGGGUGAAGCUCGACGACGCCAUCAUAUUUGCCGUCCUAGCGGCUAUGAACGAACAGGUGGAUGAGGAUGCUGCCACGAGAGUCUACCCGCUGUCGUCGUUCGUGUACACUAUCGACAGCUUACGUUCCAAUCGCGAUGAAGACGGGUCAGACGGCGAACUCUUGAACACCCUAAUGUCAUGUCGACAUUUUGAUGCGACUGACCCGCGGGACAAGGUCUACGGCAUUCUUGGCAUGGUCUCGCCUCGGAGCUCGUGGAAGUUGUUGGCGGACUACAGCCGGGAAAUCGUGGAUGUGUAUAGCGAUGUAGUCCAGUACCAGCUUGAAACUUCAGGAUACGAAGGGAAACUUGACUUCCUCGGCGCAGACGGCUUACCCGAGGGCGGCAUCACCGGCCUUCCCUCCUGGCUCCCGGACUGGCGGUACCGCGACCGCUACCACGUCCCUUUCAAGAAACUUCUCGACGACGAGGCGACCACGCCUCGCCCGGGCCGGCAGCAGUCUGAAUCGUGCGUCUACACCGCCAGCGGUACCAUCAUCAGCCUCGCCAAGCUAGGCAUCAACCCUUCCACCGUCGCCGCCAUCGACGGCCGCUCGCUACGCGUCAAGGGCUUCCGCGUCGGCUUUCUCUACGACAUCCAACCCAUCUUCGAGCCCGGGAGGUCCCACGUCCUCAACACAUGGCGCUCCUCCCUGCACACUACACCCUACUUCACCGGCGAAACGGAGCCCCAGGCGUUCAACCGCCUCAUUGUCGCCGACAUCGACGAGGACGUCCGCGCCGCCGCGCGUCAGGGGCCCAAAUCUUCACCUGCGGCCGAUGACCGCCCGCGCGCGGAGACAUUCAUCGCCUGCUCUGGCCGACGCUUCGCCCGCUUGGUGCAGAAAAACUGGUCCUCGGACGGGCUGGCCCUCGUGCCCCAGUGCGUGCGUGAGGGUGACCAAAUCUUCGCCCUGCUCGGCGGCCAGGUGCUGUACGCCCUGCGGAGCCUCGGGGACGGGACGCACAAGUUCCUCGGGGAAUGCUAUGUGCACGGUAUGAUGGAUGGGGAGGUUUUGGACAUGCUGAAGACGGGUGUUGUCGAGCUUGGCGAAGUUUCGAUCCGAUGA